GAAACGGGGAUAACUUAUAUGUCUGAUGUGCCCCCAGCCAUGGCAGACUUUGGAGAGAUUCUCCGGGCCGUCGGAGACUUCGGGGCCUUCCAGAAGCUUCUUCUGGUGGGGCUCUGCCUUCCGAACGUCAUACUGCCCUUCCACCUCUACAGCUUCAUGUUCACCCAGUCGGGCUCCCCUCACCACUGCAACACUGACUGGAUACUGCAGGUGAGCCCCAAUCUGACCAAAGAGGAGCAGCUUAACCUCACGCUGCCCAGAAACCAGGAUGGCUCCUUCAAGAGCUGCGAGAUGUUCGUUCCGGUGGACUGGGACAUUGACUCCAUCAGGGAGCACGGCCUCAACCAGACCACCGGCUGCAGGAACGGCUGGGUGUACGACACCUCCGUCUACAAGGCCACCAUCGUCUCAGAUUUUGAUCUCGUCUGUGAUAGGGCGAACUUUGUGGGCGUGGCACAGAUGGUCUUCAUGGGCGGUAUUCUCUUCGGCUCGCUCAUAUUUGGCCCCCUUGCUGAAUCGUUUGGCCGAAAAAGAGCAACCCAGAUACCGGUGGUGCUGAUGGUCUUCUUCACUGUGGGGACAGGACUUUCUCCCAAUUUUUAUGUGUACUUGGUGACACAGUUUGUUGUGGGAGUAUCGUAUGGAGGAUUUCGUGUUAAUUGCAUCGUAUUGGCCACUGAGUGGAUCGGGGUGACAAAGCGAUCCUACCCUUCCUGUUUGAGUCAGAUAUUCAGCGGGGUUGGCCAGAGCAUCCUCGCUGGCAUUGCCUACCUCAUCCGCGACUGGAGAAUUGUUCAGUUUAUCAUUGCAUCACCUGUGGCCUUUGUAGUCCUCUACAUAUGGCUAGUCCCAGAGUCUGCCAGGUGGCUGCUGGACCGUGGGAAAACGGAAGAAGCUAAAGAGCUGAUUCUCAGGGCAGCCGCCAUCAAUAAGCGCAAAAUCCCAGACAACAUUUUGGAGAAGGUUACAAAUCAGAAGAAUGGACGCAGGGGGAAUAUAAUAGAUCUCAUUACUUCACCUGUACUCAGGAAACAUUUCUUAAUUAUAACGUUUGGAUGGUUUUCCCUAAAUCUUUCCUACUACUGCCUGACCCUGAAUGUGGGACACUUUGGCAUGGACAUAUUCCUGACCCAGCUCAUCUUCGGAUUUACUGACAUACCGGCUCAUAUCAUUUGCGUUUGGACGCUGGAAGCCUUGGGCCGAAAAAUAUCUGUAAUGUUCACCCUUCUGAUGGGGGGCUUUGUCUGUCUGAUGAUUUUGGCUGUUCCGCAAGACAACGCAAUCGCCAUUACCGCCUUUGCUACCACAGGGAGGUUUUUCAUGAACUGGGCGGGAACCAUCUGCAACAUCUACGUUCAGGAGUUGUUCCCCACCUCCAUCCGACAAACAUCCACUGGUCUGGGUGCCAUAGCAACAAGGAUAGCAGGAAUGCUCUCUCCAGUGCUCAACCUGUUGGCUAUGUACCACUGGACGAUUCCCACGCUGGUCUACAGUACGUGCUCUCUGGCUAGUGGGGCUCUGUGCUUUAUGCUGCCAGAGACCAGGAGGAAGGAGCUGCCAGACUCUGCAGAUGAGCUGGAGAGAAAGGGGGAUGUGAAAACCAUGAAGAAAAAUGCAAGCCACGCUACCACUGAUCAGCACCAACACCUGAAGUCAACCAAACUCUGA